AUGGCAUACAAACUGUAUCAUUACGACCCCUCUUCGUCUGCGGCAAUACCUUUCGCAGCACUUUUUGGGCUGGUCACGAUUGUACACCUUUUCCAAAUGGCUCGGGCCAAAGCAUGGUUCAUGACUCCAAUUAUUAUCGGCAGUACCUUCGAGGUAGUUGGUUAUCUUUGUCGAUACAUCAGCGCAACAGAGACUCCAGAUUGGACUACAACGCCCUAUAUCGGACAGAGUCUUUUGAUUCUAUUAGCUCCAGCUCUUCUUGCCGCAUCGAUCUAUAUGAUUCUUGGACGACUUAUUGUUUCACUUCAUGCGGAGGGUAACUCUCUGAUUCGGCCAUCAUGGUUGACAAAGAUCUUUGUGAUUGGAGAUGUGGUCUCAUUUCUCAUGCAGUGUGGAGGGGGAGGCUUCUUGGCCAAUGCAAAGGCUCAAGAAAAGGUAAAAAUGGGGGAACAUAUGAUUCUAGGAGGUCUCUUCGUCCAGAUAGCAUUCUUCGGCUUUUUCCUCAUAGUUUCCAUUGUGUUUCAUCGGAGGAUGCUAUCGACACCUCUGCACUACACGAAGCAAAGCGAAAACUCUUGGCUCAGGUGCAUGAAAUUUUUAUAUGCAAUUAGUGCUUUGAUCAUGGUUCGAUCGAUUUACCGUGUGAUCGAAUAUAUUCAAGGCAGCGACGGCUACCUCCAAAGUGAAGAGGCUUUCAUUUACACCUUCGAUGCUGCGCUUAUGCUUGCUUGUUGUCUAAUUCUCAAUUUCUUCCACCCUAGCAAGUUACUGGUCAAACGACAAGCCCCGCUUCAGAAAAUCGAGGAAAUUGAAUUGUUCAACGGCGGUUGGAGAUCUCAGUAG